CAGAUUAUAAACAUGAGCGUCGGCCGUGGAAUUUCGCGGGGAAUUCUAUGCAGUUUUCACCAAGAUGUCCAGUUAGAGAACAGAUUGGAAGUUUAGAGGCAAAAUGGGCUUACAUUUCAUGUAAUCUGUUCAACCUGACCGAUAACUAAAUCUAGUUUGCACGAAUGGACAUAUGAUCUUAGUAACCCUAUCUAGUAGGAAAAGUUCAUCAGGUUAUCGUCCAUUCUCCGGUUGAGUGAUAACGAAGAGUGUGAGAGCCGCACACGCAGUGCUCUUCGGUUCUCUCGCAAGAGAUCGUGGAAUCUAGCUCACUGUUUGCUGGCUGGCUCGUUGAUUAUGUUUUACAAGCUGUUUAAGUUAGUACUUGUUUUGAAGAUGAAUCGAAAGGAGGUUAUGUUGUCGAUUAUUGUCGUUAUGGUUGCUCUGGUUUCUGGAUUCGCCUAUGGAGCUGAUGAUUUUGGAUAUCGGGAAGACCCAGUAGAAAACCCUCAUGGACAAAAUAAACACAACCGGACCCCGAUCUACAUUCCAGGUUAUUGUGGUAACAAUGAAAUUCUCUAUCCAGGGGAUCAACUUCACGAUUGGGUUUGUGACUGUCGACCUGGCCAUGUCUACCAUCCUGCAUCCCGUGGUUGCUUUCCGUUGUACACACAAGCUUACUGCGCAAGCGGUGAAUAUGUGGAAAUUCCACCGGGAGCCAAACUACCGCGAUGUACUAAAAACCCCUGCAAGGGACAGGAAAUCCCGUUUAACGGAAGCUGCGUCGUGUUGAACAAAAACAACAAAGGGGCUUGUCCGACAAUCGAUCGAAUACGAUACGUGGUCGCUGUCAACGAAACAACGCUUCAGCUCAGCUGCAUCCUACAUGGUCCGAUCGAUCUAGUCCGAGUAACAUCUCAGCGGGGUGACAUCGAAAAUAUUGGCGAUUAUGUGCCGUUAGAAGAUGGAAAAGUGCUUUUUACGGCUGCUGUCAAAUGUGCCCCAGGGUCCGGAGCUGUGUUGAACAACACAUGCACAUGAAAUUAAAACAUCUUUUUUCUAUAAUGGUUGCAUUUAUAAUAUAAAUACGUUUUUUUAUGA